AUGGCGCACUUCCAGCACACGUGCAACGCGUGUUUGAAGCCCAUCUGCGAGGGCGACGUGUACAUCACGAGAUGCGGUCACCGGUUCUGUGAGCGCCCGCGCGACCGCGACCUCCUCGCUUCCUCCCCCUCUUCUCUUCUCGCGCCACUUCCUUCGUCGAGAGCACGCGCGCGAAGACUGACGACGAGCGCCCCGCCCGCCGUUUGCACGCAGGCUACGACGACGCGAGAAGGCUGUGUGAGACGGGCGAGUGCGCGACGUGCCGCUCGCAGGUCUACGGGGAGAAGGAUAUCCAGGUGCGGCGCCUGCUCCGACCGCCCGAGACCCAGCUGUGCAUUUUUUGACCGCCCUUUCAACCGUCAGGCGUUCGCCGUUCGGCCCGGCGAAGAGGUCAGCGAGGCCCUCCGCGGGUUCGACCCGGGCACGAUCAUGACCGCUGCGUUUAACGGCAUCAACUGGUGGUGCGAGCAGGCGGCGCUCGUCCAGGAGAUGUCGUCGAGGAGGGUACAAGAAGAGGGGCGCGCGCACGCAGAGGGGUACAAGUCCAAGCUCCUCGAGGUGCACUCCGCGUACAAGCGAGCCAAGGCCAAGGCGGAGGCGCUCUGGCAGCAGAUGCAGCAGCUCGAGCUCGACAAGAAGGAGCUCCAGAGCAAGUACGAGCAGAAGAGCGGGGAGAAACGCCGCAUCGAAGCAUCCUACCGCGAGCUCCAGAGCCGCGGCGGAGUGGCGGGAGGUGGAGGAGGAGGAGGGGGAGGCGGCCACCCGCGCGCCCCUCCUUCGAUGCCCCCGCCCUCCCGCCACGCCUACCAGCACAUGAGCAGCCCGCCUGUGCACCUCGGCAGCCCGCCCUUGGACCGCAACAUCUCCCGCCCCGCGUCCCGGCCGUCCAUGGCCAACUUCGGCGGCGGCAACCGCCCCCUGCUCUCGGGCUUCCCCGCGGGAGCUGCGCAGACCCGACCCAUCUCCCCCUACUCGGGCGACCUGAUGAGCCCGCCGCAGGACUACCUGGACGACAGGCGCGAGUGGCGCAGGGGCGGGAACCGCGGCGCACCCAGGGCUUCGAGAGGGGGGUACCGCCCGCCGCACUCGCCCACCCGCUCGCACCACACGUUUUCCAUCGGGAACUGA